AUGGAGAAUAUCACAUACGCCAAUGUUAGCGUUCAAAUGAACACUGCAUCGGAUGGUUCAUUAGGACGACAUGCAUUCCUCACUUCCCAACCAUAUGUUGCAGUUUCGUGUAUAAUCAUACAAGCUGUUGCGUCGUUGGCCGGAACUUUCGGAAACGUUCUUAUCCUGUUCGUUAUUGCAACGAAAUCGGAGUUACGUAACAAAAUGGAGUCUACGUUCAUCGCCAACUUGGCUCUCAGUGAUAUGUACGUCACAUUGAUAGCUGGCCCAAUGAGUUUACUAGCUAAAAUAGAGGGAGAACAAUUCUUUGAAAAUAUACCUAACCUGUGUAAGAUCGUCGCCAGUCUUUGCACGAUAUCCUGCGUGACAUCACUAAUGACGAUUUCAAUGAUGAGUAUAAACAGGUACUUCUUCAUAUGCGAAAAUGCUUUUUACAGCAAAAUCUUUACCAGGAAAAGCUGUAUCGCCAUGUGCGUAUCAGUUUACUUUGUUGGAACUGCACUGGUACUUCUUAACACACUAGGUAUAGGCGACCAUGGCUUUGACCAGAAAAGUCUGGAGUGCAUUUGGGACAGAAUGGCCACGUACCCAUAUACAAUCGUGUUUUCGAUAGUUCUAGUGUGGAUACCCUCCAUUAUAACUGGAAUAAACUAUUUGAGAAUCUACUUGUUCGUACGAGCUCACAGACAAAAGUUAAUCAAGAACAGCAUACACUCAAUUGGAAACAUGACACAGUUGAAAAGUGUUCAACUCGCGAAGACAUUAUUUAUCAUCUAUGCUGUUUUUGUCACGUGUUGGGCACCGUAUGCGUUGCUUAUAGUGGUGGACACCAAAGACACCUUUCCGCAUGAAGUACACAUAUACAUCACGACGUUUGCACAUUUACAUCCGUCAUUAAACUGGGUGAUCUACUUUUGUACAAACAAACAAUUUGCAAAGGCUUACAGAGAGAUUUUUACAAGCUACUGUCGUGCACUACCACUGAGUCCUACAUCCGAAUAA